AAAUAAUAUGGCGACAGUGCGGAAAUUCGCUAAAAACCGAUCUGUAGAAAUAGUUAAGCCGGUGCGAACUCUUUGCAAUCAUCCGAUAGUUACGAACUGCGGCUAACGUACGUAACUCGCGAUUCGCGCGGAUUCGAAAAUCGAAUUUAUAUUUUGUGACCGUUUCAUAAAGCGCUUGGAGUAAAUAAAUUAUAAGAACAUUAUAAAACGUCCCUGAUUAAGUGUACAGUGAUGAAAACUUGGUCGUGAAUAAUUUAUAUUACAAUUGCAAGCGUAAUUAUGGCUAUUGAAAGUACAAAGAAUGGUAAAGAUAACAAUCAUUCUCAGGAAAAUUUUUACGUCAUAAAUGGAGGUAAUGUAGUUAUCGCUAAAGAUGAUUUGUACAAGAAUACUUCAUGCAAAGAUUCAAAGGGUACAAACGUGAAGAAAGAGCAAGAAGAUGUCAACAGUUUCGAUGGACUGAACGUUUUUCAAAAAUUCAAACGCAUGAUAUCAUUAAUAACGGUUGAACCAAUAUUAGCCUGUUAUGUUAUGCCAUCUGUACUAGCAGCACUAGCAACACAAAAUCUAUAUUUAGAAAAGGCCUGUAGAGUAAACUUAAAGUUUGAUCAUCAUGUAUGCGAUGCUUUAACAAAAAGAGAAACAGUGAAUUACACAUUGGAAGAAGAAGCUGUGCAGACGUUAGUAGCAUCUGUGGCAGGAUGGAAAACCGUACUGCAAUCAUUUUUACCAUGCGGCGUAUUAAUAUUUCUAGGAGCCUACAGCGAUAGAGUUGGACAAAGAAAGUUUUGUAUGCUUUUGCCAAUUGUCGGUGAAUUUUUGACCAGUAUAGGGCUGAUAAUAAACACGCAUUUCUUUUAUGAAUUGCCCGUUGAGGUGGCUGCUGUCACAGAAGCCAUAUUUCCUGCUCUAACUGGAGGCUGGUUUACUAUGUUCAUGGGAGUUUUUAGUUACAUAGCUGAUGUUACAACAGAGGAGCAAAGAACACUACGUAUUGGAAUAGUGAAUCUAUUUUACUCUUUGGGAGUACCAGUUGGUGCAGCGCUUAGUGGAAUUUUAGUGCGAAAAAUAGGUUUAUAUGGUGUAUUUUCUAUAAGUGCCUCGUUAUAUGUCUUGAGCUUCUUAUACGGAUAUUAUAGGAUAAAAGAAGUUAAAAGGACCGAUCUAAUAGUGAAACCAAGCAAUAACUGUUGUGAAUGGCUUCGUGAUUUCUUUGACAUGCGUUACGUCAAAGAUACAAUGAUGGUAGCGUUUAAACGCGGACCAAACAACCGUCGAUUGAGAGUUAUCAUGUUGGUCAUUGUUCUUUGUGUUGUUAUUGGUCCUAUUUAUGGCGAGAUGUCUGUCAUGUACUUGUUUACGAGAUACCGGUUCAACUGGAAUGAAGUGGAUUUUAGUAUGUUUUCUACUUAUGCAAUGUGCACUUCUCUAGUUGGUACACUUUUCUCCGUGGGCGUGUUCAGUCACUUGUUGAAAUUUGAUGAUGCAGUCAUUGGAAUAAUAUCAUGCACUAGCAAAAUUUUGUCUGGUUUCAUGUAUGCUUUCUCUACGACGACAUGGCAAAUUUAUAUCGCACCGUUAAUUGAGAUAUUCAACGGUACAUCGUUCAUCGCUAUGAGGUCGAUGGUUUCUAAGCUUGUCGAAAAAGACGAGCUGGGCAAAACGAAUUCAUUCUUCGGUGUAGCUGAAGCGAUGAUGCCUUUGGUGUACGCACCUAUGUAUACAACUGUAUAUACAGCUACUAUAAAAACCUUCCCAGGUGCCUUCUUCUUGUUAGGAGGAGGUCUUACUGUACCCGCUGUACUUAUAUUUUUAUGGCUGUACUUGGAUUAUAAAAAGCGUGGUCCUCAACAACCUACAAAGGAAAACGAAACAGGUAAAGAGGAAGAGAAAAAUGGUAUAGAUAAUAAAGCUUUUGAGGAAGAAAAAAAUAAAACAAAAACGGAAACUAAUCAAGGCAUGGAAAGCAUAAAUCAAUCGCAAAUAGAAAUGGGAUUUACAGAAAGCAUGCUGUGUACAAGUAAACUGUGAUGUAUUUAGUUGAAAUAGGAUAAAUUACGGCCUUUCAUUUGUUGACGGCUCAUGUAAACUGUCAAUUCUGACGUAAGUAAAUUAAUUUGUAAUAUGACAUUAAAACGAAUUUAAAAUAUAUCAUUAAAUAAUUUAUAUUUACAAUUUUAAUUAUAUUUAUCAUCUACUUAAAAAAAAAUAAAGAAUUUUUCUAGAAAAAAAAGUCUAUUGUAAUGGUAUGCUGUGAUAUUUGUGAUAUAUGUAUAUUGAAUAUUAUUGUCAUAUUUGUUUUCAAAUUCCAUUGUGUCAUUUCAGCAGUUUUAAGGCUAUUCCACUGUGAUUUUGUAUAAAUAAAUUAUAUUAUAACUAUACAUAUACAUAAAAUUCUUUGAUAUUUCUUGGUACUUAAAAUUUCAUAUUAUUUAACAUUUGUCCUUAAAAUAAUUGGAUUAAUAUUUAAAUUUUGUUUAGUUAUGUUAAUAGGCUACUUUUUUAUCAUACAUAGUUUUAAUAACAAUAAUUUAUACUAAUUUAAUAAUUUAUAAUGAGCAAUCAAAAAUGUGUUUUCGGCAAAAAUUGUAAUUCUAUAUUAUAUAUACAACUGACAAUAUAUGUACUUAUUUAUAGUUAGGCGUAUGAACUUAAGUGAAAAAUAAAAUAAUGUUUCCUUGUUA